AGGAGGAAGUUUGUCCCAUGUCGUACUCCGUACAAAAGCCCACAUGAUCAGCUAGCUAGUAGGAGAGCUGCUGCGUUUGGGUCGCUCUGGAUCAACACCGUCAUGCUGCUGCUCGUUGUGUUCCUGUCGGUCCUGCUGCCGGUGAGCGGCUCCGGUGGGUGUCCGUGUGAGAGGCCGGAGCUCUGUCAGCCAAUCCGCGGGGAGAGAGAGUUUGAGGUGUUUGUAUUUGACGUGGGAGGGAAGACAUGGAAAUCCUACAACUGGAGCAUGGUGACAACGGUGGCAGCCUUCGGGAAGUACGAUCCUGAGCUCAUGUGUUUCGCUCACUCCAAAGGAGCACGAGUUGUCCUCAAAGGUGAUGUUCGCGUUCCCUACAUGGUGGACCAAGCCAACAGGACCGCAUGGAUAACGGAGCAGCUCAGUUUGGCCAAGAAGCAGUUCAUGGAUGGGAUUAACAUCGACAUCGAGCAAGCAGUGGAGGACGGCUCGCCAGAGUACUACGCUCUGACGGCGCUGGUCAAUGAGACGACCGAAGCCUUUCACAGGGAAAUCCCAGGCUCACAGGUUUCAUUUGAUGUCGCCUGGUCACCCAAAUGCAUCGACAAGCGCUGCUACGAUUACGUCACCAUCGCCAAAUCCUGCGACCUGGUGUUUGUGAUGUCCUACGACGAGCAGAGCCAGAUAACCGGUGACUGCAUUGCAAUGGCAAAUGCUCCGCUCAAUCAAACUCUAAAAGCCUACGAUGACUAUUUGGAUCUGAGGAUUGAUUCAAAGAAGCUGGUGAUGGGAGUGCCAUGGUACGGCUACGACUACCCGUGUGUUAACCUUUCUCCGGAGGGCGUUUGUUACAUAGAGAAAGUCCCUUUCCGUGGAGCUCCCUGCAGCGAUGCCGCAGGAAAACAAAAACCAUACAAGUGGCUCAUGAAGCAGCUCAACAGCCCAACGUCGUCCGGCAGACUGUGGGAUGAUGAGCAGAAAGCUCCUUACUUCUAUUACAAGGACGAGUCAGAGCAGAUCCAUCAGGUCUGGUACGACGACCCGCAGAGUCUUUGUCCCAAAGCGGACUACGUCAUGGCUAAAGGCCUGAGGGGCAUCGGCAUGUGGAACGGCAACAUUUUGGACUACAGUGACGAUCCCGUGGCCAGGCAGCAGACCGAACUGAUGUGGAAUGCCCUGUUGGGAUCCAAGCGCGGAUAAAACUGAAUGCCGCUGCAGCAGUAAUUACUCAGCCCGUCUCUGUUUGUUUCCAAACACAUCCCUUUUGUCACUUUAGCAGGGCGUGGCGUCUCUCCAUCCUCAGGGAUGCAUUCGUGCAUGUUGCCUUUUAUCUUAAUUAUCAUGAAAUGUGAUCCACUAACAAAGACAAUCAUUUUGAUAUCAUUUGCACUGUUUUUUUUUUAAUAGACAUUCCAAUGACUGUGAUCUUUUUUUUUUCUUUCUUUGAUAAAGCUUUUACUAAUUAACUUA